AUGCCACCAACUGUUCACGAAAUUGAACCAGGAAAUAUUUGGCUCCUUGAUUCUGUUUUUUCACCCCAAGAAUGUGAACAACUCAUCAAGGAGAGUGAACAAUUCGGUUAUGAAGAAGCCACUUUCAAUGCAUCGAUGGCUAAACAUCUCAGAAACAAUUCUCGAGUCAUUACGGAUUGUAAACACUAUUCAGACAUGUUAUGGGAUCGAUUGAAACAUGUCAUUCCACAAAAUGCCAGUGAUCUCAACAAAAAGGUCGCACCUGCUCAAAUGACACAUGGAUAUCAAUCCGUUGGAUUUAAUGAAAGAAUUCGAUUUUACAAAUAUUCGGCUGGUCAAUACUUUGUACCUCACACCGAUGGAUGCUUUAGCAGACAACCGUACAUGGUGUCCAUGAAGGAUCAAAAAACUCAACAAGUGGUGAAUUAUGAAUGCCAAGAAAUGUCCUUCUUAACUGUUUUGUUGUAUUUGAAUGACGUGAAAUCAGGUGGAGAGACGAACUUUUUCAACAAUUUAGAUGCAAACCGAAUGACUCAUAGCGUCACUCCAAAGGCAGGGCAAGUGCUGAUUUUUGUUCAUUGGAAUUGCCACGAGGGAGCAACAUUAUCAGAUCCAAAUGAAUUCAAGUAUGUCAUGAGAACAGAUGCCAUGUAUAGAAAAAUGAUUAGAAAAUGA